AUGACUGUGGACUUGAUAGUUACCUUGCGUGCAUUGGAAGCAUUAAAGUUACUGGGUCGUGAACGAGAAAGUGCUGGACCACUUUUUACAGAACGGGGAAUGCGUGUUCUUUGCAGACAUGCGGGUGUGUUGAGCAAGCGUGCGGUAGACACACUCUGCUCCUGUGAGGCUCUCAAGUGUAUUGCCAACUGUAUCCAUCUCUGUGCGGAUGUAAAACAAUAUUUAGAAAAGAACAAUAUUCUAGAAGGAUGUUUUGACCUCUUGAAACUGCCUCAAUUGAGUGUUGAUGGUCAGUUCCUGGCUUGUCGAAUCCUGUUCUUUGUUACGGUGGGACGUGAAGAUCUUGUUGAAAAGUUAAUCUCCCUUGAUAUUGGACAAUGCAUUACCAAGAUCUGCACUGGCCACGUAAAGACGCUUCAGUCUGGAAGAUCCAAAUUAUCAUCAACAUCACCGAUCCACCCCAUGUCAGUGCUGUCCGAGGCCCUGAAACUUCUAUUCAGUCUUAUGCUGGUGGACAGCCGACGGGAAACUAAAGAGACCGAUGACAAGGAGAGUUCUGCGGGAGAUACAUUUGAGCCAUGCCUUGGACCCAUCUUUGACAUUCUAUUUACACUACCGUGUCCAGAACCAUUGCCACUUGCACCACCAUUGUCGCAUGCCGUUCACUGUCUGAUGCAGUUUUCGUUUGAGGCCGUGGAGAGUUACUGGAAAGAGCAUCAAAAGAACGGGUCGCCAGCGCUGGUUGUAGAGACGCUUGUCGAUGUUCUUUCAAGAUCAGUUAUCUACUUGAUCCCUAAUAAUGAACCAGAUGAAGUAAAAGAUUCGUCCACGGUUGAUGCUACUCUAUCACCCCUUCUAUUGGUUCUCCGUACUCUGGCCAAGGGAGAUCUACGUUUGAGACAGUCAUUAUCGGUUUUGCUCUUGCCUCAGGAAAGUGAUCGUAUCCAGCCUGUGCAUCAGGGAACACGGUUACCUGCAUACCUAAUCCGCCUCAUGACUUGUGCACUCUUACCACAGACGAGGGACGCUGUCAGUGAACUAUUGUGGAUAUUGUGUGAUGAACAAGCUUCCGAGUUUACUCAACAAGUUGGAUAUGGUAAUGCCAUUGGAUUUCUGGUUAACAAAGGUAUUCCAAUGGCAGCUCCAACUGAUUCAAAUGGACCAAGAGACCAAAAUACGAACCCCAUUACUGGACAGCGGCUUGAGGAUGAAGAUCAGGGACCAAGUCUGGCCGACAUGACUGACGAAGAAAAGGAGAGAGAGGCCGAACGGCUGUUUGUGUUAUUUGAGAGACUAAAGAAGACUGGAUUAGUCGAUGUAGAGAAUCCAAUUGCAAAGGCCAUGAGAGAGAAUUAUUAA